UUCUAAUUUAUCAUCAGUUAAUAACCGGAAUAACAAAACUGGAUCAUCGGAGUUUACUUCGAUGAUAAAAUCUAACCUUCCUCCAUUACAUCGUUUCUGCUAUAAAAGGAUUCACUUUUUGAAAGCUAAGCAUCAGAUGUUUCCCAUUCUACAAUCAAGCACCAAUAUCAAAAUGGCACUCUAUUAUAUUUUGGUGAUCAGUGUACUGCUCGUCCUCGCCCAAGGAUCGUAUUUGUCGUCGGUGAAUCCGGAAACUGGAGUGGGAGUGCAUCACUCUGGAGUUAUUUCAUCUGGAGCUCCGGCUGGUGGAAUAACCCGCGGCCAUUCCGCUGCUUCACAGCCCCAACGUCCCAUCUCUGGGCAUGGAUCCCUCUCUGGUUCUGUUGGAGGAUCCCGUCGAGUUGCCGCAGUGGGAGUGGCGGGAUCUCGUACUCAUGGUGGAGCUGUUCUUCGUCCGUCUGCUGGCGCUAAUGGUCGCCCAAAUGCCGGUGCAGCUGACCAUGGAAAAGCUUACCUGAAUAGCCAUCGCAGCCAAAAGCCCUAUUAGGAAACAGUACUCAUAAGCAAUUGACCAAACAUAUAUCUACAUCCUUCUUAAUCCAUUUCUAAUCUUUUUUACACCUUUCUUUAUUGCAAGUAAUAACAAAUGUUAUCAACAAA